AUGGACGAACUUGUGGUCGAAGUUUGUGGAAGUAAUGGGGCUUUUUACAAGGCCAUUGUUAAAGAUAUUUUAGACGAAGAACUUGUAAUAUCCUUUGAUCAUAGUCCCAAAAAUGAAGAAAGAGUUCUUUUUGCACUGGCAAGAUUGCCUCCUCCAGAAAGUUUACGGAGGAGAGAGUGUGCAGAAGGAGAAAGUAUUGAGGCAUUUAGUAAAGCUGCAGAAGACCUAGUAUCAGCCUGGUGGCCUGCUAAAUUAAAAAUGUUGAAAGGUGAAUUUGCUGUUAUUGAUUAUGUCAGUGGAUCUAGUGCCUCAGAUAUAGUCUCUCUAGAUAAAAUACGUCCCUCCAAUGUAAAUGUUCCUAUAAAUAAAGAUAGUUUUUAUAAAUUUUCUCUUCCUAUACCACCAGAUCUGGCUGAAGCAUGUCAAGAAGAAUCAUCGAUAACAGAAUUUAAACGUCACUGUGGUAAAGGUGUUGUAUCAUAUCAUAGCCAUGAGGAUGCUUUAGUUGUUCUGUCCACAUUAGAAUCUGUGAUUAAAAAGGCUUCCAUAUUAGGAGAUAUGUUUCUACGCAAUUUACGUCAAAAAAUAUUAUUAAAACAGCGGACAGAAGAGGCUGUGAAGAAAUUACAGAGUACCAAGAUCCGAUCUGGUUAUAUGGAGGAAUUUUCAGUAUCAGAGUCAUUGAUGGGAUUAGCGAUAGGAACUCAUGGUGCCAAUAUACAAGCAGCUAGGAAAGUUGAUGGUAUAACUGGUAUUGAAUUAGAUGAAUCUAACUGUACAUUUAAAGUUUACGGUGAGAAUGAAGAGUGUGUGAAGAGUGCUAGAAAAAUGUUAGAGUUUGCUGAAGAAACUUUUCAAGUGCCAAAAGAAUUAGUUGCUAAAGUUAUAGGUAAAAAUGGACGGAAUAUACAAGAUAUCGUAGACAAAUCAGGUGUUGUGAGAGUUAAAAUAGAAGGUGAUAAUGAAGCUGAAGAAAAUAAAUCAGAUGGUCAAUUACCCUUUGUAUUUGUUGGUACCAUAGAAAGUAUUGAAAACGCUAAGUUAUUAUUAGAUUUUAAUUUGGAUCAUUUACGAGAAGUUGAACAGUUACGCCAAGCUAAACAAGAAAUUGAUAUACAAUUACGCAGUAUGUCUGGUCCAAAUACUGGACCUUAUUUCCCUCCACCAAGAGAACGCAGGUAA